GACAAGGAUCCAGCUAUGGCUAUGAAUGCCUUAUACGCAAAACGAGUAGCUAUACUGCUUCUGAUUCUGGUACUUGAUCAUCUUCUUCAAGCAAACUCGGCUUCAUUAAUCGAACCAGAUCCAGGAACUGUAGUUUCCGGUAGGAGGAAGCUUAGAAAGCUGCCACCACCACCGGCGCCUAAGUUAAGUGGAGCUCCGCAUUAUAUGUUCUCUGAUCCACCUCCGCCACCAUCAACGACACAGAUGCGGAGCACAGCUCCAAAUUUACGCACGGUACCCAAGCCGACACCUCCGGCACCAAAGCUAAGUCCAACACCGAGGUACCGUAGUAUUCAGUCACCGCCGCCGCCGCCGCCGGCGGUGCAAGGACGAAUUUCGAACUGUACAAUCGCUCCACCACCGCCUGCCUGAGUGCGUCAUCUGCACCGCGUUUCCUUUUGAAGAAAAUAAUUUUUAUUUUGAAAACAUAUUUUCAGAUUUUACCAUUUAAUAAUCUGUAUUAUAAUAAGUUUAUAGAAUGCUAUUUACUAAAUAAGAGGUUCGGUUAGAAAAUCAAAUUUUAU